AAGCGGAGAAAGACUCUGGGGUUUGGACCUGACCAUCCUCAUGCCGUCUUCCACUCGAGUCCUUACCAGAUUCAGACCAAUGGCUUCACUCCCUCUGAAUCGAGCAUGUGCCCAAUAGAGGUCGCACAUCUCUUCAUUCAAGACGUGCUACAGAAGAAAGGUGCCAGCUACAAGAUUCGGAAGGACUCGUACACCGACAAGAACACGGGCGUUACUCAUGUCUACGUUCGCCAGGUCGUAAAUGGCUUGGAGGUCGCAGAUGGAGACAUGAACAUCAACGUGAAGGACGGUGUUGUUUUGUCAUAUGGAAACUCGUUCUACAGCGGUCCCGCUCCCGUUCCUUUUACUAAUCCCGAUGUCGCCUUUGUUCGUAAUCCUCAUCGAGAGGCUUGCGAUUUCGUCGCGACCAUGUUGAAGCCUCAAGAAUUCCAGGGAAAUGGGGACCAAUUCAUUCUUGGUGGCGAACACGUCAUCUCCGAGGAACUUUCUCACAUCCACAAUACACACUGUGGGUCCGAGGUUCCCUCCGUUAGCUCGGAAGACCCGACGGACUUCCGUCCCGCUUUGCUUAAAUUCAUGGCUACUGCCACUCCUGACUCGAAAUUGGCUGCUGAUAUCGCCAAUGACAGUGAGAAGUACUUGAACAAGAUAACCGUUGAGCCCACUAGCCACUUUGCUCCCUCAGGCUCAGAGGCAGCUAUUGAGUUUGUGGCGGGCAACGUCCCGGAUGCCAUCAAUCCCGUCAAGGCUAGGUUGGCUUACAUCCAGGUUCCCAAUGCUCAAGGGGACUCGACAGAUCUUCACCUUGUUUGGAAGUUUGAGGUCGAGAUGCAGGACAAUUGGUAUGAAACCUCCGUAUCUGCGUCCUAUCCCCACAACAUCAUCUCAGUGGUCGACUGGGCAUCGGAUUCUCCAAUUCCCAAGCCCGCUCCCCCGCCACCUGCGACCUACAACGUCUUUGCAUGGGGAAUCAACGACCCAGAGCGCGGUGAACGCAGCAUCAACAAGGAGAACUUUGACGCUCUUGCUUCUCCUGCUGGCUGGCACGCCAUGCCUGUCGCGAAUGACCCUUCAAUCAGCGGUUCGAGGUCGAAGGAGUUCUGGAGUAACUCGACCACAACGUGGGGUAACAAUGUCUUCGCUCAAGAGAACUGGGAAGGCCAGAAUUCCUUCAUUGACAACUAUCGUCCUGAUAGCGGCAAGAGCAAGGUUUUCAACUACCCUUACCACCCGAAGAUCACAGACAGGUCCGAUGCUCUUGAGGAGGCGCAGAAGUACAUCAACACAACGAUCACUCAGCUUUUCUACACGACCAACUUGGUCCACGAUCUUUACUAUAGAUAUGGAUUCGAUGAAGUCUCUGGUAACUUCCAGCAAUACAACUUUGGCCGUGGCGGGCAGGAGAACGACGCUGUCAUUGCCAACGCCCAAGACGGGUCAGGAUAUAACAACGCGAACUUCAUGACGCCACCUGAUGGCCAGAACGGCCGCAUGAGGAUGUACCUCUGGAACACUGCCCUUCCUUACCGUGAUGGUGAUCUAGAGGCGGGCAUUGUGAUCCACGAGUUGAGCCAUGGACUGAGCACACGUCUUACUGGUGGCCCAGCGAACUCUGGAUGUCUUGGUUGGGGAGAGAGUGGUGGUAUGGGUGAGGGAUGGGGUGAUUUCUUGGCGACUACCAUUCGUAGCAACAAGCACUACUCUGACUACGCUAUGGGCGCUUGGGCUGCGAACAGGGAGAGUGGUAUCAGGAACUACAUCUACUCUUUGGACGAAAACGUCAACCCAUCAACUUACAAGACCCUUGACAAGCCUGGGUACUGGGGCGUGCACGCCAUUGGUGAAGUGUGGGCUGAGAUCCUUUGGGUCGUCUCACAGGAGCUGAUCAAGAAACACGGAUACUCGGACGAUCUCUUCCCUCCUGCACCACACACAGACGGCACCAUCCCCAUUGGUGACUUUUACAGGGUCACGGAGGAUGGGAAGCCCCUCGUCCCGAAGCACGGUAACUCCCUCAUGCUACAGCUCGUGCUCAAUGGCAUGAAGCUCCAGGCGUGCCGCCCGACGUUCUUCCAGGCGCGCGAUGCGAUUAUUCAGGCUGAUCAGAUCUUGACGGGUGGAGAGAACUUUUGUGAGCUCUGGAAGGGCUUUGCGAAGAGGGGGAUGGGCCCUGAUGCGAAGGUUGAGGGACAGACGCCGUGGGGUGGAGGUAUCAGGACUAAUGGGUUCACAUUGCCC